GUGCAACAUGCAAAUACUGGUACUGGUAAAGAAGGUAGACGAAUCUGGCGAGUGUGCCUCGCCAUGGCUUACACCGGCCGGGGCAGCUACUCGACCGCCAGCUCCGAGUCGACCUCUUCCAGCGGCGAGUCGAGAGUGCGAGCCGUCUGCCUCCACCGCAGGACCUCCGCAAAGCUGGGCUUCUCCAUUCGGGGUGGGAAGGAGCAUGGCACAGGAUUCUUCGUCACCGCCGUCGAGCCCAACUCGGAGGCCUUCAAGCAAGGGCUCUUGGUUGGUGAUCAGAUCAUCCGAAUAAAUGGUUUUCCUGUGGAAGAUGCUACCCACAAAGAAGUUCUGCAGCUCAUCCUCGGUCAAAACACAAUCAACUUUAAGGUCAAAUCUGUGGGGAUGAUACCUGUAAAAGAAAAUCCAGAGGAUGAAUUGUCUUGGCAGAUUGUGGAACCCAGCAUGACAAAUGGUCAUCAAACUGACAUCUUCAAGGGAGAUGUCUGCGAUGACAGUGUCAUAAUGCGGAGUGUAAAUGAUGUUAAAAUGGUGCUUAAGGUGCCGCCUCGAGCAAAACUUGGUUGCGGGAUCUGCAAAGGUCCCGAAUGGAAACCAGGUGUGUUCAUUCAGUUUACCAAAGAGAACAGCAUUGCCCGCCAGGCAGGCCUCAGGCCAGGGGAUCAAAUUCUUCAAUGUAAUAAUUUUGUAUUUACUCCAGAAACACCAUUUAAUGAGGCUGUAUCAGUCAUGAGGUGCAGUGGUGUCCUGGAGCUAAUUGUUAGAAAGGGUGCAGGCUUGGAGCUGUUUCCAGGAGAAUCUUCUGGUUACAACAGCUCAGCUAGUAGUGUUGCUGGGGAUAACCCUCCAAGGCUUGCUGUAUUACCGGAAGAGUGUAAUGGUGCUAGUGAUGCAGCGCCUAAUGGAAGUGACAGACGAUUAGACCAAGAAGUUUUGAAAAAUGGUCGAAUGGACUAUCCCAAUGGCUGUACAGUAAUUCAUGUUGGUGGUGAUGAGACUGAUAAUAAAAAGAUUGCAGAAAUAUGUAUGGUUUCCCAACAACUCGAGACGAAGACAACAACAGUCUUUGUGGAAGUUCACCAUAGCGAAGACGAUACAGUUUCAAAUACCCAGUCGGAAGCAAGCACUGAUAGACUGACCAACAGUUCAUCAGUAAGUUCCUUUACCAGUAGUGCCAGUAGCCUGAGUAGUGCAAUUAGUCAAGAACUUGAGAGGAGAUCUAAGCAAAGGUCGAUGGGGAAUGAAUCUCCUGCCAAAACAGUAAGGCAAACAGACAAACUAAUUAAAAAUGGCCUUGCUAAAGAAAAAGUUGAACAGCAUGAACAACUGAUGAUGGAAUUCAAAAAGGCUCACAGAAAGAUGUUUUCAUCAGAUUCUGACUCUACAAUUAACAAUGAGGAGAGAGAAGAAAAUAGACUAUCAGAGAAGAAUAAUCAUAAUGGAUUAUUGAAUGGAAAUGGAAGUACUCUUCAGAAUGGCACCAAGGAACCAGACAAAACUAAAAUUAAAAGGCAAACUGCACCACCACCUCCUCCACCAUUACCAGAUGAAAAUGCAUUGGAGAAGCAGAAGCCACCUUCCUCCAAGAAGCAUGCACCGCCACCUCCUCCACCAUCGCCACCAUAUUGCCCCACUCCUGAUUAUGAUACAGCCAGCCUUGCUUCAGUGGGAAAGAGACGGGCUGAUAUCGUUGAGAUGCAAAGCCUUGAAUCUUUCAAACUUACAAACCCAUCGACUGUGAAACCGAAGCCACCAAGCACAUACUUUGCUCGUGGUAUACCCGGAUCUGAAAACAGCAAUGGAUUUUCAUCAAAUUCUUCUGCCAGCACGAUUCCAUUAAAGGAAGGAUCAAAACCAAUUGUAACAAUUCGUGAAUAUCCAGGAGGAAGGGAGAGGAAAAACCCCUCAAAGUUUGACUUUUUGCAAAACUCACCUAAGGGAGCCACAAAUCAAGAUGAACCAAUCACAAGUCGUUUGCAAAAUGAAUUGUCUCAAACUCUUUCAAGGGCAACCACUCUAUCAAAAAAUAUCAAUGAGUGUACCUCAGAAUCCACCCACAGUCAUCAGAACGGUAAUGGCUCUGUUGGGACUGUUGUUACCAUUAACCUCUCACCUCAUCAGAAAUCAGAUUCAAACAAACCGUUUUAUUUGUUUCCAAAUGGAAACCCUUUAAAUGGUGUAGACAAUAAAAAGUUGUCCAGUUUAAUAACAUCUGCAGCUAGCAAGCACACAUUUGCAAAUGGCAAAACAAGUUCUAAUGGUUUAGACAACCCUCCAAAAAACUCGGUAACUUUUAAUUUUAAUAAUAAAACACAAGAAGUUAGAAAUGGCCAUACUCAGAAAAAUGGAAUUUUGAAAAAUGGCACUGGUAACGUUUCUCAAGUACAAAUUCAAUCUCAAAAUGGGAUUGACAAAUUUUCUCCUCAGAAGUCUAUUAAAUUUGGUGGCAUGUAAACCUUUAAUUUAAUUUAAUUUUUUUUUACUUUUUAUGUAAAAUUGUUUGUUAUUAUUUAAUGCUCAAUUUAUAUUAAUUUUCUUAGUGUUAUAUUGAAAAUCUAUGUGCCUUAUGAGUACUAUAUAUGACUGCUAUUGUGUCAAGUUAAGGAAUGCUAAACCAGGAUAAAGAAUGGAUUUGAAAAAUAAAUGUUAAAAAAAAAGUUGUGAUCUAUUCGAUAUAUUGAGACAUACCAAAAUUUUAUUCAUCAAUCUUUGAUUACAUUAUUUAAUGUUUUAUGUUAAAAGGGACUAGCCUGAGUUGUUUCAAAUGCUAAAUAUUCUAUUCCCUAAGACAUGUUACAACACAUAUGUAUAUCAUCUAAGCAAUUUAUUUUAAUGGCUUGAGAGAAUCUAACAUUACCUUAGAUUUAUGUUUUCUGUAAUAUAAAUAUUCUCAUGUUUUGUAAAUGUAUUUAAUUAUGUAUAUGUAUUAUAAAUAAGUUCUAGUCAAGCACUGAAAAGUUUAAUUGUGUUGUAGCUACCGUAAUAGAUAUGUAUAAUAUGUAUGAAGUAUAUAUAUGUAAAUUAACUGAAUAAAUGUCUUUAAUUAUA